GAAUAUUCGAAUUGGUCUCUCUUUUUUUUUGCUUGCGAAUUUGAAUUCUACCAGACCCUCGAGUCUAUUAGGAAAAAAAAAAAAAAAAAAAAGUUACUAUUGUUUCGUCGGAUUCUAAUAAUAAGAGCUAAAGUAUUUAGCAACAUACGUAUUAUAAUAAGCCCCUGUCUUCCUCCUACACGCUCUGCUAUAUUGUUACUUUCUCUCUCUACAGCCUCAUUUCAAUUUUCCCCCGACAUGGCCUCCAGUAGCCAGAAUGGAAUUCAACUCUUGCUAGCUGCAGAACAAGAGGCUCAGCACAUUGUGAAUGCUGCUAGGACUGCAAAACAAGCCAGACUUAAACAGGCAAAGGAGGAGGCCGAGAAGGAAAUUGCUGAAUUCCGUGCUCAAAUGGAAGCUGAAUAUCAAAGGAAGGUGGCCGAGAGCAGUGGAGACUCAGGUGCUAAUGUGAAGCGCCUUGAAGAAGAAACGAAUGGAAAGAUCCAUCACCUGAAGGCAGAAGCUUCCAGGAUCUCUCCUGACGUCGUCUCCAUGCUUCUGAGGCAUGUGACUACAGUAAAGAACUAGGUCUUGGUUGAGCAGAGCACGCUGCAACUGCGUUGUCUUGCACCUGCCCUGAUAUGGUGGACUUUUCAUUUGCUAUUGUUUUAUUUGGUGUUGCUGCAAAUUGUUUCCUUGUUAUCGAAUAAAGCCGUGAAAGUUUUAGUGUUGAUUUUUGGGGAGAUAGACCUUUGUUGAAUGACUGUGUCAGCAGUGUAUAUUUUGUUGUUGAGAAUCAACUAUGUAACUCAACUUCAAAACUUGUUACUCGACUUCCUUUCCCAUGAGGUAUUUCCAACUUUAUGCUAAAUUAUAUAAGUAAAUAGAUAUUUGAAUU